AUGUGCACAGAGUUUGAGCUGGUUGGGGUGCUUGUUUAUUUAGUCAAUGUUUUUGGUUGCCAAGCACCUUGUCAAUGCAGAAGCUGUCGUUGUACUACGAUAUGUGACGGCAUAACUGCGAGAGUCAAAUUAAAAUGGUAAACGUGACUAUAAAUCUACGACUAUACCCGUGUUCCUUUUUGUAAAAUAAUAAUAAACCUGUAUUAUAUAUAACUUUUCUGUCGAUGUUAAACGUGAAAACAGAACUAUUACUUGAGGAAUCUGUUUAAUUAUAGAACGAUAAGGGACUCGAAUAGGUUCUUACUAUUUCAAAGUCAACGACUACUUUUGUUGUGCUCUGACAGCUAAGCAAACUACGGUAUUCACAAUGACGGAAUUACUUGGUUGCUCCAGUUGCAACAUGACUUUUAAAUCUUCAUUACUGCUCGGAAAACAUAAAGAAAAGUUCUGUAUUGGAGGAGACAUUGGAAAAGCCAGAGAAACUCGAACUCCACAAGAUAUGAUUGAAAGAGUGAAGGAUUAUAAGAAAAGGCGUGCGGAGCACAGACUGCAACGCAACAUGGAAGAGAGGAAGUUACUGGAGCAGUGUGAGGCGCAUGAAACCUCGAAGCCAGUCCAAAACACGAAUGCCUCCACAGGACAAGUAGAUCCUAGCCCCAGAGUCCAGUGGAGCAGAGAACAUGAGGCCAAAAUGAAGUACCUGGCAGAUAGCCAUGGAAAGCAUGUAGAUGGCAUUGUGACUGAAAAUAGGGAACUGGAAAAACAGAGAAAAGAGAUUGAGUUACGAUUAAAGGAGUUGGAUGCAUAUAAUAAGAAUGCUUCACAAGUAGAGAAAAUGUUGCAAGAACUGAAGGCCCAAGAGCAAAAAAAUGAGCAUCUCCUUGAAUCCAUGAGGGAACAGAUGCAGGUCCUUCAAAUGGAGUCAAUGAGGAACAAAAAUCACAGCAGACAUAGUGAUUCCCAGCUGCAUUCCUUAAAGGAAAAAGGAAAAGUACCAUUAUUUCAAUCACAGACCUACAUCCCGUUCUAUGGAGGAGGAAUUCUGUCUUCAGAAAUUAGUGCUCUGCGACUCUCCUAUCUUCAGAAUGGCGGAAAUGACCACAUGAUCCUGGCCCAACUCCAGGACCUGCUCCAUGAGGCUCUGCAGGUCGAGCAGAGAGAGAAGCAGCCUCGAACCCACCAUCACAAGGAGAAGAGUAAACGUGGACAUGAUUCCAUCAGGCAUAGCCUAAACAGAGAACUCUUUGCAUUGGAAAUAGAAAAUCGACGUCUAGAAGAUGAGAUUAUAACAUUUCAAAUGAAAAAGAGGAAAGACCCCAUGUUUUCCCAAACUUCAUACAACAGUAGACCCAGCCGCUUCCCACAGUCUGUAACGGCAAACCGUGACCAGAAAAUGAAGACCAUGAAGACAGAUAUAGACCUUCUGAAGCAGGAAAUAGAGAUCCAUCGCCUCGGGCGUCGGGUGAAAACAUCUAAAACGCAAGUCCCACUCGACCAGAACGCACUCUCCCCACUUCCACCACUGGAGGACAUGAGAGCACAGACCCCAACUCUGGCAAAGCAUUUCUUAGAAUGCACUGACGGUUUAGGACCUGCCCCGUACGACCCAAUAGCUGGGUUUGUAGUUUUCUACGAUUUCCUCCUGGGCUUGGACCCUUGCUACCGGGUUUGCCGGCUGGUUGUGGGGUUAUACAGUGGGCCAGAGGAAAUGGGAACCCCCUCCUCACUCCCCCCUGUCUACUGCGAGGCUGGCAGUUUAUCACCUUACUUCUCUGAGAGCAAGAGGGCAAACCUGGCAACUCUGGCAACCAAACAGGCUGUACCAAGAGUACGCCCGUCUCCUAGCAUAGCCCUAGUGCUGGAACUGCAAGCUUCAGGUGGAUACGACCCGUAUGGGCAGGAGGUGAACCGGCUGAUCUCCAGGGGAUGGGUCAAGAUUGACAUUUUUGACUCGCACAACCGUGUGAUCAGUGGGAGAUGGAAAGUCCCCAUUCGCAUUCUUCCUGUAAACCCACGCCUGACUACUGGGGAGAUGAACGCGGUGCCUCAGCUGGAAAACGCUGAGCUGUAUCUGCGGAUUGUUAAUGCAAGAGAUGCAGAUGUACAGAGUUUUUCCCCAAUCACUCACAACAACGCCGGUCUAUAUAAAUACCCCCCUCUGGCACCAGCAAGGAGUUUAUUUGCUGCAGAUGCUCCACGUCCAUCAUAUCCUUCCCCAUAUCGUUUCCCAAACUCUCAGAUGAUGUGCCCCUCUUACUUGGAGACUGUGGAUCCCCCCCCUCCUUCUGCAGUGCUCUUUGAAGAAUUUGAGUGACUGCCAUUGGAAGAUGGAUUAUUCUAGAUUCCAUUCUUUCUUUGGAAUAGGACGUGUGUCACUUCGUAUCCUAUGCGAAGUUGUAAUCAGUACUUGUCAUCCUGUCUUUUCAAAGCUUGGUAAAUUAUGUUGAGUGAAUCUCUGAUAAUAGAGCCUUUUUGCAAAUUUACAUAGACAACAUAUACUUUUGAAAUUAAUAAAGAGUGUGAGUUUACUUAAUGUACAUACCAAGUUUUGUAAAUCAGCCAGACCCUGUGACCUACUGUACAGAAAAUGUACCCGGAUGCAGUAGUUGUAUUUGAAAUAUUUUGAUAUUCUGAACUAAUGUAAAAUAAAUUCUGUGGGGACCAGUGACUAGUAAAGGAUUACAUGCAGUUGAUUUAAUUUAUUUCUUAAUUACAACCCUGAUUCUCUCCUUUCUGUUGUAUCUUUAUCAACUAUGUUUUCAAAUAUAUAAUAUCAUCUUAAUUUCACUUGGGUUUGAACUUCAGAAGCUCUUCGAUAAUCUGUUUAGUAUGACGUUUACUAGAACCUUUUCUUUGAUGGAAAAUUCUCUGUGCCAGUGGUUACCAAAGCAUUGCAAUUGUGGCUGGGAUUCUGUUUGACUGUUUUAACAAAAGAAAAUAAAUGGUUAUUUUUUUCCA